CAAAGAGACAAUGUUUACUAUUCUGUGACGUCAAUGUUUCCGUGCUCUUUCUGAUUAUAAUUUUUCGCAAACAUUGAAUGGUUGAAAGUUCACAGAGGGUGAACUUUGUACAGGGCGGAGCUGAAUGGUAUUCACUGCGAGAAUAUAGUUGCCAUCGUUGCAAUGAAGGUAAGUUAAGCAAGUCAUCGAGUUGGAAAGAUGGGACGUGUUGCACAGGUGUUCGUGAAGAGUUUGCUGAAAGAAAGGCGUAUGGUAUACUGCAGCACUACAGUAGAGCUCGCUCGCCAAAGUUUCUGCCGAGGAUUGAGAGCAUUUUCAACUGCUGCAACAGAAGCAAAGCCUUCAAGUGGUGUUUGCUUCGAGCUCAGCGAAGAACAGAAAGAGGUUCAAGAACUUGCCAGGAAGUUCACAAGAGAUGAAAUCAUACCCAAAGCAGCAGAAUAUGAUCGUACAAUGGAGUACCCAUGGGAUAUAGUGAAGAAGGCAUGGGCGGUGGGCCUCACCAACACCCACAUUCCAAAACAUUGUGGAGGUGUCGAGAUGGGUGUUUUUGAAGGCUGCCUGAUUGCUGAAGAACUGGCCUAUGGAUGUUCUGGUAUAAAGACUGCAAUUGAAGGUUCUGGUCUGGGUCAAACACCUGUCAUCAUAGCUGGAAAUAAGGAACAACAGAAGAAAUACUUGGGACGGCUGAUAGAGGAGCCACUAGUUACCGCUUAUUGUGUCACAGAACCGGGAGCGGGAUCAGAUGUGAACGGGGUGAAAACACGAGCAGAGAAGAAGGGAGAUGACUACAUCCUAAAUGGCCAGAAGAUGUGGAUUACAAAUGGAGGCGUUGCAAACUGGUACUUCGUACUGGCUCGAACAAACCCUGACCCAAAGUGUCCGGCAAAUAAAGCGUUUAGUGGCUUCAUUGUGGACCGCGACACACCUGGAAUCACACCAGGAAGGAAGGAAAUUAACAUGGGACAACGCUGCUCUGAUACGAGGGGCAUUACGUUUGAAGAUGUCCGUGUUCCAAAAGCAAAUCUUCUCCUUGGUGAGGGAGCAGGUUUCAAAAUCGCAAUGGGGGCCUUUGACAAGACGCGGCCACCUGUUGCUUCAGGAGCAACAGGAGUAGCUCGUCGGGCCCUGGAUGAAGCAACAAAGUAUUCUUUGGAAAGGAAGACGUUCGGUGUUCCAAUUGCAAAUCAUCAGGCUGUUGCAUUCAUGCUGGCUGACAUGGCAAUAAGCAUCGAGACUGCACGUCUUGCAUAUAUGAUGGCAGCUUGGCAGACAGACAACGGCAUAAGGAAUUCAUACUUUUCAUCUAUCGCAAAGGCACACGCGGCCGAUAUUGCUAACAAGUGUGUUUCAGAUGCUGUUCAGAUAUUUGGAGGAGCUGGCUUCAAUAGCGAAUAUCCUGUGGAGAAGCUAAUGAGAGAUGCCAAGAUAUACCAGAUUUAUGAAGGAACGUCCCAGAUUCAGCGACUUGUAAUAUCACGACAGCUCAUAGAAAGUUUUAAACAGAGGGCCUGAAAACAAUUGUGCCCCUUCCCUGAUUUCUGAAUUGCACAUUUCUUUGUUUGUUCAUGUUUGGGCCAAAUAUGAAUUUAACCUUUUAAAGCACAGUGGUUCAUGUUGGCAGUGUAUUCAUAUGUUUUGUAUCUUCCUAAGAAUAAGCAGUGAUUAUUGGCCGAAAUCAUUCCGUCCUACGUUAUGUCACAUUCCAGAAACCAAUGAUACUUAAAUCCUAUGGUGCAGGGUCCAACCAUAAGAACAACUCUACAUUUUGCCCAACCAGAUUGAGCUGUGUCACUGUACAGACUUAUUUUUAUACCAAAUAUUAUUACUGUAAUGUUAGAGUAUUUUUUUCUUGUAUUUUCAGAUAUGGUAACUGAAUUUUGUACAUACAAGUUGUUGGAAUGGUUCACUGUUUUAUAAUAAAACACUUACUUUUUAAUCAUG